GAGUCUGGAGGAGUUGAACCUCAGCCUCAAUCCUUUGGGUGAUGGCUGCUCUCAGUCUGUAGCCUCUCUCAUCAGAUCCUGCCCUCUACUGAGCACACUCAAACUCCAGGCCUGUGGGCUCACAGCCAAGUUCCUGCAGAACUUCGCUCUGACCUGCACAGUGAAAGGGACCAGGCACCUGAAAACUCUGAACCUCUCCAACAACCAGCUGGGAUUAAAAGGGGUCCAGUUUCUGCUGAAGAAUCUUCCUCAUGACAUCCUAACACAUCUCGAGAUCUCCUCAGUAUCCUGUAACCAGGACAGGCAAUUCCUGGAGCUGGUUGCGAGGUACUUCACCCAGGAAGGCUGUGUUUUGACUCACCUUAAUCUUUCGAAAAACUCAUUGACCUAUGACUCCAUCAGGGACUUUGCCAGGUGUUUGACAUCAGCUGCAUCCCUCACAUGCCUUGAUGUAUCGGAGAACUCGAGGGAUUAGUACCAGUGGGAUGGAGAGGCUCCUGACUGCUUUAGCCCAGAGGGAAUCAUGGAUGGAUGUCCUUGACUUAACAGAUCUCGAGAAAGCCAAGUUAAAAGCUCAGAAAAACAAUGACCUGAGAGAGCAGGCGAAUCUCUGUAACCGGCUUGGAGAAGUCCUGGCAAGACAUGGUGAGUUUGAGGAGGCUAUCAGAGAGCACCAGCAGGAACUGCAGUUGUCAGAGGCACUCAGUGAUGUGAUAGGCCGUGCGAUUGCCAACAGGAAGAUUGGAGAAUGCUUGGCUGAGAUUGGAAACUACACAGGUGCCCUGAAGCAUCAGCGCAGACACCUUGAACUGGCCCGGUCAGUCAGCAAUGACAUCGAGGAGCAGCGAGCCUGGGCUACCAUUGGUCGAACCUACCUGUACAUCUAUGAAACAGACCAGUUGCACGAGUCGCUGAAGGAGGCAGAGAAUGCAUUUAGGAAAAGCCUGGCCAUUGUGGACGAGAGGCUGGAAGGUAAGGCUUCCCGCCACGAGUUGAGUGAGAUGCGAGCCAGACUCUACCUGAACCUCGGCUUCCUCUACGACAGCUUGAAAGAGGCAGAUAAAUGCAACCAGUACAUCCGCAAGAGUGUCUUCAUCGCUGAGCAGAACCAUCUGUACGAGGAUCUAUACCGAGCUAAUUUCAACCUGGGCAGUAUCCACUGGCGCAAUGGCCACCACUCCAAGGCUGUCCGCUGUCUGGAAGCUGCCAAGGAGUGUGCCAAGAAAAUGAAUGAAAAGUUUAUGGAGAGCGAGUGCUUUAGCACCAUCGGGCAGGUCUUCCUGAACCUCGGAGACUUUGUGGCUGCAAAGCGUUCCCUGAAGAAGGCGUUUACACUGGGAUCCCAACAGCAGGCAGAACGAGACGCAGUCAGGAGGAACCUCAAGACCGCUGUGAAAGGCUGCCGACUGGAAGAAGCUUUCUCUGAACUGGCAGACAAAGAGCAGCAGCAGCAGGAGUUAUUGGGUCUGUGUGAACAGCUUGGGGAUCUCUGCUGUAAGGUGGGAUCCUACCGCAAGGCCAUCGACUACUACAAGAUGCAGCUGAAACAUGCCGAAUCACUGAGGAAGCCUGAUCGGGAGCUGGCUGUUAUACAUGUCUCACUGGCAACCACCUUCGCUGACCUGAAGGAUUACAGCCAGUCAGUCAAAUAUUAUGAAGCUGAACUGGCACUGCGCAAGGGAAACCCUAAGGAGGAAUGUGAGACCUGGCUAAACAUGGCAUUGGCUAAAGAAGAAGGUGGACAAUCCUUCAGCGAGUUGGAGGAAUGUUACCGGAAUGCACUGCAGAUUGCUGAGCAGUCUGAGCUACCCCGACUACAGUUGCGAUCACUGAAGCUUCUUCACUUGGCACGGCAGAGAAUGGGGCAUCCUGAGGCCAGUGUCACCCUGGCCCAGUUUGAAGACCUGUCUCAGGCCCAGGGCAGUGAGAGUGGGGAUGACAGCGAAACGGAGGAGAUGGAGAACAGUGAGCCUCUGGAAGAUAGUGACCUGGAGCUCUCGGAGAGCGAUGACGAUGACCUGGAAGGUUAUGACAAAGCAACCUCAGGACGACGAAGAGUUAACAAGUGGAACCGUCGGAAUGAGAAAGGGGAGACAGUGUUACAUCGAGCCUGCAUCGAAGGAAAUCUCAAACACGUCCAGUGCCUGGUGGAGAAGGGUCAUCCCCUGAAUCCCAGAGAUUACUGCGGCUGGACACCAUUACACGAAGCCUGUAACCAUGGCCACCUGGAGAUUGUCCGUUUCCUCUUGAACCACUCGGUGAAUGUGAAUGACCCUGGGGGACCAUACUGUGAGGGGAUCACACCACUUCACGAUGCCAUCACCUGUGGAAACUUCGAUGUGGCUGAGCUACUGAUUUUAAAAGGAGCUUCGGUGACAAUGCGCAACGCCAAGGGUCAUACCCCGCUGGACAGUCUGUACGAGUGGAAUCAGACAUACUGCAAACACUUGGAUCAGGACACCACACAGCAGUGCAAACGCAUCGAGAAACUGCUGAGGAGUAGCUCAGCCAGAGAUUUUCAGCCGGUUCAAGUCCUUCAAGAUAGUGAACUGUUUGAUUCUGAGAGUUCACAGUCACGGGAGAUAAUCGAAGGGUGUGCUACUGCCUCAAUGCCUGAUCUCCCCAAGGAGCGAGAGAGACGUUGUCAGCGCAAGGACAUAGGAGGUCAUUGUCGAAGCAAACUGGAUUCAAGCACAGCUCCUUUGACCCAGACCAACCCUCUCUGGGCUCAGUUACACAGCACUGAUGAUCUGUCUGAUGUCCCUGGCAAGUCUUUAGUGUCCAGUACCCAGAUGACCACCCGCAACCGGCUGGAUUGGUCUGCCCUCGGGGAGGACGGCUCUUCUGAAGAGGAGGUUCCAGUGGAGCUGUGCCAACCAGUGAAGAAACGACACAGGAUCAUAGGUCAGAUGUCUUCCACAGGCCCAGGAAGGACAAACUCGAACAGGGGCCGGUUACCCACUCUGGUUGAUGACUCUGGUUCGAGUCAGGAAGAGGCGAGUGAGUGGCAUCCACCUGGGACAGGGCAGGAAUGUGAUUCUGAUGCUCCCAGUGUUGGGUCGUCGACUUACCUGCAGGCUAUCCGGAACUUAGGGAGUGCCAAAUCCAGGAUUUUAUCCCAGUCUUUAGCAGCGCCAUCCAUUCAGCCACCGUCAGACGCUAGGAAGUCAGCGUUGAUCCCAGAUAGUGAGUACAUGGAGGACAGCUGGCUGGACGAUGAUCUGGGCAGUAGCCGAGUCAAGAAGAGACCACGGGAACAGAGACAUGCGGGCAGGGUCACUGACCCAGAGGAGCCUGGCCUCGGUGGUGAAGGUGAUCCCAUUCGGAGCUCGCAUCUGCCUGGGAGCCGUGAGAGGACCACUGUGCUGAAAAAACGCUCAAAGCAGAUGCGCAUGACCCAGAUAGUGGACAGGGUGGUGGUCAGGAGGACAGCAAGUGACAGCAACAGCACCUCUCUGGUCACUGGUAGAACCAGCGAGCCAACAUCAGCUUCCAGCUCACUGGUUUCAACCCAACAGUUUGCACCUGUCACCCCAGCGGCACCUCCAUCGAUCAGAGUGAGAGUCAGAGUUCAAGAUAAUGUCUUCCUGAUCCCAAUAGCACACAGUGACCCCGAAGUACGGACUGUUUCCUGGCUGGCAGAGCAGGCCACUCAGCGGCAUUACCAAAUGUGUGGGCUCUGCCCCAAGCUCAUGCUGAAGAAGGAAGGGGCCCUGCUCUCCCCACAGGAUCCCAUCGUCCAUGUUCUACAAAGCAACGAGGAGGUCCUGGCUGAGGUCGUGUCCUGGGAUCUGCCUCCAUUCUCUGAACGAUACAAGAGGGCCUGUGACAGUCUGUCAUUGGCUGUUAAUGGCCUGGUGCUGAGGGUGUGUGAGACCCAGGAGAACAGCCCCUGCUUCCAGCUAUCCAGCCUGUCGCUGACCAAGGAGCACCUGACCCCCAUCCUGCGGGCCCUCAAACUGCAGACCACCAUCCGCCAACUCCGCCUCUCCACCAAUCGUCUUGGUGACGAUGCCAUGGAGGAGCUGGUGGCCUGCCUGGUGACCAUGCCCAACCUGACCGUACUGGACCUCUCCUCCAAUCAGAUCACACACCAAGGCCUGAGGACUCUCUGUGAGACCAGCAGAGGCUCCCAGGAUGCCCCGUUCCAAAGUCUGGAGGAGUUGAACCUCAGCCUCAAUCCUUUGGGUGAUGGCUGCUCUCAGUCUGUAGCCUCUCUCAUCAAAUCCUGCCCUCUACUGAGCACACUCAAACUCCAGGCCUGUGGGCUCACAGCCAAGUUCCUGCAGAAUUACCGCCUCCUGCUGACAGAGGCCAUGAAAGGCGCAGGGCACUUGAAGAAGGUCUGCCUGUCACACAACGCUCUGGGCUCGGUAGGAACAGAGCUGAUCCUACAGAGCCUGCCCCAGCACAACGUCAGCCAUCUGGAUAUCGCCGCUGUGAUCAGUAACCAUGGUGACACUUUGGUAAUGGAGCACCUUGCUAGAUACCUGUCCCAGGGUGAUUGCAAUCUGACCCAUCUUAACCUCUCUGGGAAUCGCCUGACUGAUGAUUCUGUCAGAGAUCUGUGCAGGUGCCUAUUACUGUGUCCAUCCCUGGUUUCUCUGGAUGUUUCAGCCAAUUCUGGGAUAACAACAGUGGGAGUGGAGAUGCUGUUUGGUGCAGUGAGAGAGCGGACCUGUGGAAUGCAGUACCUGAAUGUUUCUGGUGGGUACUGGGGCCGUAGCCUGGUCUCUCCGCUGGCGAAGGAUUCGGCCGAGUCGAUGUGCUCGCUGAAGUUUGCGAAGCGAGUCUGUAAAGUGGAGCAGGGCCCUGCCACCCAGUUCCUGCUGGCACCGGGAAAUGUGCCAUCGUCCUGA